AUCUCAUUUUGUUAUCAGUAAUGAUAACUCAUUACAAUAAAAACAAUCAUUGGGGCUUGAUAUUUAUCUAGUCAUCAUGAUGUCAGCAUUCAAAUUACUUAAUUAUUCAGGUCAAGCUUUAGCGACUAGAGCCAUGUCUAGUGGAAUAACGAGACUUCAGGAUAAGGUGGCUAUUGUGACAGCAUCCACUGAUGGGAUCGGAUUUGCUAUUGCAAAGAGGCUGGCAGAAGAAGGAGCAAAUGUAGUCAUAAGUAGUAGGAAGGAGAAAAAUGUACAGAAGGCAUUAAGUGAGCUGCAUAGUGCAGGACUUAAAAAGACAUUUGGAAUUCCAUGUCAUGUGGCAAAAAAAGAAGACAGAGAAUCUCUUUUUAAAUUGGUUGAGGAUAAAUUUGGCCAUCUUGACAUCCUUGUCUCUAAUGCAGCUGUAAAUCCUGCUGUUGGAGACGUAUUCGAUUGCCCUGAAGAAGUGUGGGAUAAAAUUUUUGAAAUUAACGUUAAAUGUGCUUUUAUGCUGUCUAAAGAAGCCAUUCCCUUAAUGAAAAAAGCUGGUAGUGGUUCAAUUGUCUACAUAUCUUCAAUAGCAGGAUUUCAUCCAAUAUCACUACUUGGAGCAUAUUCAGUGAGCAAGACAGCCCUGCUUGGGCUGACUAAAGCAGGAGCUGCAGACCUAGCUAAAGAGAACAUUCGAGUUAAUUGUAUUGCUCCCGGAAUUAUCCAGACUAAAUUUUCCUCAGCUUUGACAGAUACAGAGGAUAUCAAAGAAACCAUAUUGCAGAGCAUUCCAUUGAGGAGGUUAGGGAAGCCGAGUGAGAUCACUGGUGCAGUUGCAUUUCUAUGUUCUGAUGAUGCCUCUUACUUAACUGGGGAGACUAUAAUUAUUACUGGAGGUUCUCCAUCUAGGCUUUAAUAUUUUAAAACUAAUGGUAAAAAGGAGAUUAGAUUUUUAAAAAAUGUGAUAAGAAUAAUACAAUAAUUGUUAAUUUUUUUUUAUGAGGAGUUGAUCGGGGGUGCAGUCAAAUAUAUACUAAAUUAUAGAAAUAUUAUUAUAUAAUUUUUUUUAUAUUCAACAACAUAAUGGAGGUCUUUGUAAAUAUUUUUUUAAUAAAUUAUGGAAGAGGUAUAUUAGAA